AGCGGGUCCUGGCACUUUUUGCGUAUUUUUUAUAUAUGAGUUUUUUCUCCGUAUGUUAAUGAUAUAUAUUUAUUGGUCAAUUCUUUAAGUAUAUAACAUUCAAAAACUAGAUAUUUUCAGUGUUUUGUUGGUUAAAAAUAAAAAAAUUGUAAUCGGUGAAAUCUUCGGCUCGUUCCGUAAAUCGCGCCUCCAGAGAUCGGAUGUGACGUCACAUCAAGAACACGAGGAAAGAUGGUGCGAAGAUGCGUGGUUGGUGGGUGCAGUAAUACCAACAUAAAUUCAUCCCUGCACGAGUUCCCAUCAGACCUAAAUGUAAGAAAAAAGUGGGACAGGUUCGUUUCCUCCACACGGAAAGAUUGGAAGCGUGGGGUAGAUACAUCAGUUAUUUGCGGAGACCACUUUAUAGUCCCAUCAGACUUCGAGGGUUACCAACAGUGGCGGAGUGGGUUUAAGAAAAAACUUACACUCAGGCCCGGGGCUGUACCAACCAUCCGUUCCCCCUCAUCAUCAAAGCCUGAACAACAACGACGGGCUGUACAAAAGCUUAAUAUAUCAAGGUUGUUUGAUGGCGCUUUAUCGGGACACACUGAAGCUGUAGACCUAGAAGUCUGUGAAAGGUUGUCACAAGCAGGUGCUUCCACUAUUCCUUCAGAAGAAGAUGAAGUCAGAGAUAAUUUAUUGAAUGCUGAAGCAACUGUUGUAGGUGACUUAGUUUCCAAUAACAUGCCACAUCAAGUUGUAUGUUCACUUGAGCCAAAUAAAGCACAGGAUACAGCUGUAUGUACAGAUGAAACUGUAGUCUUUCCUGUUGAUGACCCCCCUAAAAAACAGUCGAGGGGAACACAGUUGGGAUUGAAAAGAGAGAGCUACAGAAGUAUAGGUAUUCAGGUAGACAUGUCUGAGAAGUGCGAGACUUGUGAUGUUGGUGUUCAGUGUGGGGAGGCGGAACAAAUGGAGGAUUUUAUGGAUAAUAGUAUCUUCGACAACACUGCAGACCAGAAUUCUGACACUGAAAGCUCCACUCAUGACAUUAUACAAAAUGAUGAAAAUACUGAAGAACGGCCAAUGGAGGAGCCAGAACCUUGCCAUCUGGAGGAAAAGUUUUUAGUAUUUAAGUGGCAGCUUCUUCAACUAUUUCAGUAUUGCCCAAAAUGUCAUCUUCCAGCUCGUGGCAUUGUCGAUAAGAGAGUUGGAACUUGCAUUCAUAUAGUGCAGAAGUGCUCUGCGUGUAACUUUGUCAAUAAUUGGGCAAGUCAACCUUAUAUUGGCAAAAUGCCAGCUGGAAAUCUUCUUCUUUCAGGUUCCAUUUUAUAUUCUGGCAGUCUAAGCAGCAAGUGCCUUCUAAUGUUCAAGUUGUUGAAUAUGGCUUGUUUUGGACGCAGUACAUUUUUUAGGCAUCAACAACAGUAUGUUUUGCCAACAGUUGUGCUACAUUGGAAGCAGGCACAGAGUACUAUUCUUGCCGACUUAAAGUCACAGAACAGAGGGUUGGUGCUUGCUGGUGAUGGACGCUCAGACAGCCCUGGUCAUUGUGCGAAAUAUGGUGCAUUUACUUUCAUUGAAACCAAGAUCAACAAAGUUCUAGACAUUCAACAAGUGCAGAGUAAUGAAGUUCCAAAUAGUUCAUGGUGUGAGCAUGAAGGAUUAAAGAGAAGUGUAAGAUUUCUGAAGGAUGAGGGGUUACAGUUAGACACCCUUAUUACAGACAGACACAGACAGAAUAACAAGUGGAUAAAAGAAAAUCUUGAUGGAACAAACCACUUCUAUGACAUCUGGCAUGUUGCCAAAGGCACAGGAAAGAAACUCGAUGCUUUAGCCAAGGUCAAGGAUUGUGAUAUUGUUGGUAAAUGGAAGCAGUCCAUCACCAAUCAUAUGUAUUGGUCUGCAGGUUCUACACCUGAUAACAACGGGGAUAUGAUUGUUGCCAAGUGGGAGUCGGUCAUACAGCAUGUGCAAAACAUCCACACCAACCACCCGAAUGCUCUUUUCCAAAGAUGUCUUCAUGAUCCCCUGGAAGAAGAUGACGAGCGGGAAAUAGAGUGGCUUAAUCCAACAAGCAAAGCCUUUGAGCAAUUGGAAAAGAUUCUUUUAAACAAGACCCUCUUAAAAGACAUAUCAAGACUUUCCAGUCAGGAGCAGACUUCUUCGUUGGAGGCUUUUCAUAGCUUGAUUCUCCAUUUUGCUCCCAAGAAUACAGCCUUUUCUUAUCUUGGAAUGUUAUGUCGACUCUACUUGGCUGGACUCCAUUACAAUGAGAAUUCGGAACGUGACCAAAUGUUCACCAGACAAGGAGAACCAUGCUUCACGAUCAGGUACCCAAAAGGAAGGAAAGGACAAGCUGUUGUACGUCCUGACAAAACUAAGCCUACCUAUGAUUAUGCCAUGCACCUCCAACAAGAGUUGGUUGAUCGAUAUAUCCAAGGGCCAAGCCAACUACGAGAUUCCAUCGAUAAUCUACGUGCUAGGGUACCUAAUUUUCUAUCCGCAAAUGCAGAUCAACCGGACAAGGCAGAGGCUGUGGAGAUGUUCGUGUCCAGAUAUAACAGAUAAUGACACUUGAUACAUCUAUUUGUGUCUAUAUAUUGUGCUCUGUACUAAUCUAAUUUGAUUGUUACAACCACAUAAAAUUGUAAAUGUAUACCAUAAUUAACUCCAUAGAAGCCUUUUUAGCAGAAUGCACAAACAUCUUGUUGUUGAUUACCAAAACCAGUAUGUACUUAUUUUAUUGCCUCUAAGGUCUGACAAGUUGUAAGAACUGUUUGUUGAGAAAUGCUACAUUCGGCAGUUUUUUUAAUUGUUGGAAUGAGCUUACCUAGGUUUCUAGUUAUUUGGCCACUCAAAGUUUUUGUAUUGUCCAUCAUUUGCAGGAAAUGCAUUUCUAAUGCUUGACAUUACACAGGCUGGUAAAGGAGUACGGUUGUUCUUUCCCAGGAAACCCCAACACCAUCUUACUAAUUGACGAUAAGCCACAUAUCUAAACUUCCUAAAAUAUUGCACAUUUUUGUAAAGAUUGUGCUUAAUAUACAUAAAAUGUGUUGGAUAUUUAAAUGUGGAUGAAUGUUUAUUUUUUUGUUUAAUGUUUUGUAUUUUAUGUAAGGUUUUAUUUAUUAAGACACUCACUGAUGCUGGGGUUUUUGUAUCCUUCCCCAAUCUUGUCUGUAAGCAUAAUAUGCUGUUUCUAAAACCCAUGGAUCCAAACAAACACUUUGAAAACCAGGAUGUGAUGUUAUGCAAAUAAAAUCUUUCUUGGUCUGCUCAUUUCCUUCAUUUAUCUUAGCUUUUGUUUUGUCACAUUCUUGACAGCAAAACCUGUUGUCUGGACAUUCAAUAGGUUGACAUGUACCACAUGUACACCUAAAAUGCAUAGAUAUUAAUUAUUUAUUGCCAUAUUUGGAGAGGAGUCUUUAAUCUUUUGUUUUAGGGAUGAAAUAGUUUUUAAGAAAUUGUUGAAUGUUUACCCGGUACUACUUGUUACAAAGGAAAGUUUGAAUUUAAGUCUGGUGAUUAUGAAUCAUUUUGAU